CAUUCGUGAGCUCGCGGAAAUUAAUUUCCAAUAAUUCAAUAGUGCUGUGAUACAUAAACAGUAAGUGCAUUUAGCAGUCUAGCAAAAAGAACAUACAGAUAAGCAAUCGCAAUGGAAAUUCCACUAGAGUCUCAAGAACACACAAUCCCGGAAAUCAAAUAUGAAUAUUUGGACCACACGGCUGACGUUCAACUGCACGCCUGGGGUGAAACGCUGAAGGAAGCCUUCGAACAGUGCGGUAUGGCAAUGUUCGGUUACAUGACGGAACUGUCGUCGGUGGACAUCCAAAAGUGCUACGAAAUUAAAACCGAUCCAACGGACGAUAUGGAAAAUCUACUGUUUCGAUUCCUGGACGAGUUGCUGUUUCUCUUUUCCGCUGAACCGUUUCUAAUUUGCAAAAAGCUGGAAAUUACCAAGUUUGAUACGGAGGAAGAAAAGUUCUACAUCGAGUGUAGGUGCUACGGAGAGGAGUUCGAUCUGAGCAAGCAUCCCCAGGGAACCGAGGUCAAGGCAAUCACCUAUGCGUCUAUGCAGAUCAACCAAAUGCCCGAGCAGAACAAGUGUGAGGUGUUUGUUAUUAUUGAUAUUUAGCGUUUUUAAAUAAAUGCCUUCAUGGUGGAGA